AUGGGUUUUGGCUCACUUCUGAAUAUUGACAUGGACACUAGUCCGGGGUUACUUAAAUACUAUUUGUUAGAUCACUAUGAUCCAGAUAGUAGUCGUUUAGUUUUGGAGAAUCUGGUCAUAACAAUUACGAAAGACACGGUUCAUGACAUGUUGGGUUCACCAAAUGUAGGUGAAGACUUAUUGAGCAUGGUUAGUUAUGAGAAAGAUAAAGAAGUUCUGAAAGAAUGGAAAAGUCAAUAUGAUAAAAAAAAAGGGUUCAAUGGUGAAGAAUACUUGAAAAGGAUCAAAAACACAAAGCAAGACAGUCUUAUGUUUAGGCUGAAUUUCAUGACCCUUUUCAUUAACUCAUUUGUUGAAUCAACUUUGAGUGGUACCAAUCAAAUAAAUGUUGUGAAUAAGUUGGUCUUGGUAAAAGACUUAUCUAAAAUUGAUUGGUGCAAGUAUAUUCUAGAUUGUUUGGUCAGCAAAAAACAACUGUGGAGAAGGGAUGAUAAGACAUGCUAUUAUAGUGGACCUAUACUCGUUUUGACGGUAAGAUUCUUGUCUCGAUUAGAUAUUUAA